UGUUAACUUAAGUUACUCGAUGAGAAACGGAAUAUUCUGGUGCUUACUACUAGAUGUGAUUAGUCAUUAACACAGCAUUGGUCAUCAAUACGGCACUGUGCAUAGAUUGCCCUGGUCCAAGAGACAAUCGUUCGUUCAUCCUUGUUCUACAACUGCCAUCACCACUGCUACCAGCACCACCACCACAUUCUUUUCUGCGACUGCGUACACUGUAGGGCGCAUUCUCAGAUCUGCCAUGGACAACAGCAACGGCGGUAACGACGAUGGUCGUGGUCAUCGUUUUGGUCACAACUUCCAUCUACCAACGUCAAUUCAGAACGUAUUUCGAAAUAUAAAUCAGGCUUUCUCCCAUAAUCAUGGUCAUCCUGCACAACAGGACUCUACACAGGAAGUCGUCAUGUCUGACGCGCUCCCGCCCGAGCCUAUAGACGCUCACGUGCUUGCUGUGGAUCCUAACAGGACUCCACUUCCAGAAAUUUCUGCUCUUCCGCUCCCCACUGAAACCUCCCAGUCUAUACCAUCCGCAGAAGACGUAGACAUGCCACUUGCUUCCAGCACCUCAUCCUCACAAGCCCAGUCCACCCACGAUGACGAUGAAGACUCCAUGCCUGAGCUGCGCUCCGUAUCAGACUCUGAUGAGUCAGACGACAGCCAGUCCUCUCAUUCAGAAACAAUACCCAAUCUCCUGGCUGUCGAUGAUGACCACGACAGUGACUGGACGGAUGAUGAAGACGAUCUACCACCGCUCGAGCCUAUCGCCGGGAGUAGACGUGCUCGGGUAGAGGAUGAUGUAGACGAAGCCCGGGAUCGCAGGCAUCCCUCAGAGCGUCACCCACCUGCCGGCAACCUGGCGUUCUUAGAUGGCUUCUUGGCUCCCUUAUUUGGGAUGAAUCCAUUGCCUGGUGGUAAUGCAACUCCGGGAGCUGGACCUGGCGCUGAGAAUAUCACGGUAGAACAGACUGGUUUCACUUUCACCAUACCUGUUGGAGGUCCUCCGAACCAGAAUGGAGGUGGUCCUGCCCCACCCCCAUUCGGUCCAGCGAACGUGCAACCAGAUGCUGCUGGAGGUCAAAAUGAUUUUCUCCAAGCAUUCGCAGAUUUUUUGCAGCAAAUGCAACAAUUCGGAGGGCUUGAUGAUAGUCGAGAAGAUCCUGAACGAGCAAAGAAACUCAUUGCAGGUCUGGAGACCGUACCCGUAGGGCUCGUAAAGCGCUUGGAGAGAGUUGGUGGCGCGCCUGGUGGUCAUGUAGAUGGUACAGAGACUACCGACUCGUCCACUCCGGGAUGCGCAAUCUGUUGGGAUACUUUACUGGAUGCCGAGAGUGAUAGCUUCAAACCGAAAGCUGCAGAGGAGCCACCUACUGGAGCGACAGAUUCUGACCUACCGUCCAGUUCCAACUCUCCGUCAGAAACAUCUGUCUUUGAGGCACCCAAAAUCAUCUCCCUUCCUUGUGCCCAUGUCUUCCAUGAAUCAUGUUUGCUCCCCUGGUUUACGAGGGCGAAGCAAGCAACGUGCCCAACAUGUCGGUUCAACAUUGAUCCUGAGAACCUUACCAGUUCGCCGCUUCCUCAUCAUCCUUUCAACUUUGGAGCGCCCCGUCCAACCCCACAAGCAAACGGUGCUACUCCUGCUGCGCAAGCAGGUACCACACCUGUGCCUAAUGCAGCACAACCCAUACCAGCUCCUACUGCCGAGCAAGCCGCAGCCGCUCCUCCGCCUGCAGGACCCGCCGCCCCUGAAGCAGCAGUAGCAGCUGGACCAGCGCCUCAGCCUGCAGCUAACCAGAUUCCCGCUAAUUUCUUCAACCCUGGUCAGCAGCGCUUCAACCUGUCGAAUGGCGUGCCUGUUGGACCUGGAGCCACUGUACAUAUCCUACAAUUUCCUGGCGGGGGGAAUUUCCAGGACUUACUUCGUCGUGGAACAGGAGCUGUUCCUGCUGGGGCAGGCCCCAUGCCGCCACCUCCACCUCCAUUUCCUCGCACCCGUACGCAGUCGCUUCCUAACAUCGCGGAUAACCGUCCCACCGGCGGUAUACCACUGCCACAGCAGCAGCCUCCCACACAGGGGCAGUCCCAGUCACAAGGGGAGCCGCAGUCACAGGAACAGCCUCAGCCUCAAAACGAGGCCCAGGAGCAGCCCCAGAAUCAAACUCCAGGGCCAGUUCCAGGGCAAAGGCAAGGUCAAGCACCAGCUGUCGGCGAGGUGCCCCAGGAGUUCCAAAACUUUAUCAAUAAUCUCAUUCAAAGCGCUACGCGUACCUUCAUCCCCGUUCCGAUCUUCACCAAUGGACCCGCUGUACCACAGGGGCAUUCUCAGCCUGCACAAGGGCAAGAGCCACCUGCUGAUGGAGCACAGGUUCCUCCAAAUGCGCCCCCUCUAAAUGGUGCCCUGCCGGUGCCACCAUUCAACUUCCCGCAUGCGCACCCCAUUCGCCCGACGCGCCCUAUGCCUCCGCGCCGCGAGAGGAAGACAUGGAUGCUGCCCGCCGCCCCCGGUCCCUCUCUGCGGCAACGCGUGGAGCAAAAGGAGCGCGAGGCGGGCCUACGGUGCUACGAUCCUUCGUGUGGUAUUGGCCCGUCUGACGAAGACCCCGCCCCUGAAAUACUGGCUGCGUCAAUGAAACAGCUCUCGAUACAUCCAUUGUCACAUCCUGGAGAAGGAUCUUUGUGCGCGCAUACAUUCCACCCUGCGUGCUUGGUUAGUGCGGAGCGCGUUGCUGGAUGGGGCGCAGAAGAUAAAGCGGAACCGUACGUGGAGGUGUCAUGCCCAGUGUGCCGUGAUUUGGGAUCCGUCACGAGGGAGGAGUGGGAGGAGGGCGUGUCGGCUCUCUGAAUGAUCGAUCGAUAUUGCGAUCGUCCGUUCAUUUUUGCAUGCUUCUUUGAAGUGUACCUGUAUGUCUUGUCUCUAGUAAUGGUGUCUCAUAACGCACAAAAAAUGCCACUUCUCAGAUUAUUUUACGUCUCUAGAUCGUCAAUUUCAUUGCCUGUUAUCGCAACAUAGUUACAUGUAUGUAUGCCCCGUUCUAAUUGCACACACGCAAUAUAUGCAUUCAUGGAUCAUGUUCAUGGAUCAUGUUCAUGAACAUCUGAACACUCAUCGAGCCUUAUCGCCGCUA